UGUCCAUUCAGUAUAUAGAUUUUGUUGUGCAUAGUGUGCUGUAAAGUGUUAAAAAUUUGAUCAUUUUACAAUCAUGAACGACGAUAAUCAAUGUUCGAAUGUGUCGAUUGCAUGGAAAAAUCUCAGUUUUGGGGUGAAUACAAAUCUGUUUAAUAGUAAACGAAAAAUUAUUUUACAACAAUUAAAUGGCCACUUGAAUUAUCAAAGUUUAAAUGGAUUUCUUGGUCCAAGUGGUUCGGGUAAAACAACCCUAUUGAAUUGUUUGAAUGGAACAUUACGAACUGGCAUUUCGCCAUUUUCAAGAAUCUAUUUCAACCAAAAUGAUGAACAACAACCAACGCCAGUGAUUCGUAUGAUCGAGCAACAUGUACAUGAAACGAUUAUCGGUAAAAUGACCAUUCGUCAAGUGCUUCAAUAUGCAUUUCGGUUCAAAAAUAGCAAUAAAGAUGCCUCAAAAAUGGACAAACAUAUUGAACAGAUAUUGAAGGAACUUUUACUCGACAAAAGCAUUCUUGACAAUCGAUUCGAAAAAUGUUCUGGUGGCGAACAAAAACGUGUAGCCAUUGCCCAGGAAUUAAUGUCAUUGCAACAACCAAAUUUUUUAUUCUUGGACGAACCAACUACCGGUUUAGAUAGUAAUUCUGCUUUACUAGUUAUGCAAUGUUUGCGUCGAUUAAUCGAUCAUAACAAUAAUCAUUUAACCAUUCUGGUAUCGAUACAUGCACCAAAUUCAGAGCUUCUGAAUUUAUUUGAUCAACUUUAUAUACUAGCCAAAGGUGGUGUUUGUAUUUAUUUUGAUCGACCUGAAAAUCUUGAAAUGAAACUUGAACAAGACAUUAACAACAACAGCGAGGAAAUGAAAAAAGAUAGACCAGCUAUUGAGAGAUAUUUGAAAAUUGCUUGUAAAGGCAUCGAUGAUAACGAUGUACAAAGGAUGGCAAAUUCCAAUCUUGAAGAACAACGUGACAAAUCAUCAUCAAUGUUUGAAAUGGAAAAGAAAUUUGAACUUGCAAAUAAUAAUUCUAAAAUCACUAAUAAUCGAAAACCGUUUAAUAUUCAAGAUUUUUUGCUACAACUAAAUCGAAUGGCAAAUUUAACGUUUAUCACUGGCCGAAUGAAAUUAUUGAAACAUUUUUUAACAUUUUUAUCAUUUUCCAUGUUACUAUCAAUGUUGUUUAAACAAUCAAUUGUUCGUCCAGAUACUUGUUAUCGAAUCGAUAAUGAUGAUGAUUAUGAUUAUGAAUCGAAAAAAAAUGUAACAUGUUUUCAACAAUUGGAAGAUGAACACAAUGUUGAUCAAUAUCGUUUAUAUCUGGGUAUGGCAAAUACAAUCAAUGGAUUUGCCAUUGCAUGUUUAAGUGUAUUGGAAUUUAUGUCAUUGAUAAGAAUUUUUCGUAAUGAACAUCGUAAUCAAUGGUAUAGUCUUGGAACAUUUUAUUGGUCAUUUAUGAUUAUCAAAUUGAUUGAACUUGCACUAAUAUCUGGAUACAUUACAGUGAUGAUUUAUUUUUUCAUCGAUCAUACAUAUGUUGAUGAUAAUGAAAUUAAUCUGAAUCGUUUGGCACAUUUUUUUCUAUUCAUAAUGAUGAAUAAUAUUUAUCUACAAAGUUAUGGAUUUUUAUUCGGUUCACUGUUUUAUAAUCAAGAAAUUGUGUUACUAAUUACUAUUGUCACCAUACAAACCAUUCAAUUAUUCAAUGGUGUAAUGUUUAGCAUCGAAAGAAUGAAAAAACCAAUGUUAAUAUUGAUAUCGGAUUUAUUAAUGUCAACUGUGACACAAAAUGGUUUAAUGUAUUCAUUUUAUGUUUUGGAUCGUUGUGAUUCAGAGAAAGAACUAUCAUAUGCACUUGUUGAUUAUGGAAUUGAUCAGAAUCUGAUUUAUAAGAAUCUAAUUAAAAUAAUGGCAGCAAUAUUGAUUAUACGUGGUGCUAGUUUGCUAAUAAUGUUGAUUCGUUUUUCAGCUCCUCGAAUUAAAUUACAAAGAUCUAUUAGAAGACGUGAAUCAUCAACAAGAAACCGGGAAAUGUUGGCAAUUGAUUUUAAUAAUUCAAUGGAAAUGAAAAAUAUGAAAAUUGAUUUGAAUGAAAUAACACGACAAAAAAUGGAUAAAGAAAUAGAAUUUGAACAAUUUUCAUGUGGUAAAAUUCUGAUUGCUUGGCGUUCAAUUACAUUGUUUGCUUCGGAUUCCAUUUAUGAAAUACGAUCAGUUAAUGAUGUUAAAUCAAAAACGAAAUUAAUACUAAGAAAUUUGAAUGGUCAAUUUCGUUUUGGUACAUUGAAUGCAGUGAUGGGACCAUCCGGUGCUGGCAAAACUUCAUUAUUGAAAGUAUUGAAUGGCCAAAUGAAAACAAGAUUAAGUGAAGAAAGUCGAUUCUAUCUGUCCAAAUAUUGUCCAACUAGAAUAUGUUAUCUGACCCAAGAAGUUUCUGGACAUUUAAUGCCUGGCCUGACAACGCUUCAGAGUUUGAUCUAUGCAUCUAGAUUGAAGAAUGUUUUGGAAGAAUCUAUUGUGAAUCAUGAAAGUAUAGCUAAAAACAUUCUCAAUGAACUAGGUAUAGCUGAUACAGCUGACACAUAUGUACAGAAAUGUUCGGGUGGUGAACGAAAACGAUUGGCACUAGGAUUAGAAUUGACCAGUCUUCAUAUGCCUAAUCUAAUUUGUAUCGAUGAACCAACAAGUGGAUUGGAUAGUAAUUCAGCUGAAGUUGUUGUAGCUUGUCUACGAAAACUUGCACGAACACACAAUCUGACCAUUAUAAUGAGUAUUCAUCAACCAAACAUAGAAAUUUUGAUGAUGUUAGAUCAACUUUAUGUGCUGGCCAAAGGUGGUGUGUGUGUUUAUUCGGGUAAACCUGCAGAAAUUCAACAGAAUUUACCAUUAGAUUCUAUUCAUGAAAAUCGCUUGUUACCAAUUGAUCGAUUAAUGAAAUAUUCAUGUCAUAAUUAUAAAGAUUCGCUAGUUCAAGAUUUAUCACGAUCGAUUGAUGAAAAAAUUCUAGCUGAAGAUGAAAAUAUGGCCAAUGAUACGGUCAACGUUAUCGAUGGUAUUCCUACACAACGUAAUCGUUUUACAUUAAAAUCUUGUUGGAUAUUGAUUCUUCGUUAUAUAACAUUCGUUCGUGGAUAUCAAUGGAUAUUUUUUGCUGUAUUUAGUUAUCUUUGUAUAUUUCAAGGUUUAUUAUUUAUAUUCAUGUUUGAUCGUCAAAUGAUCUAUACGGAUGGAUGUUUCAAUCCAGAAGAUGAUCUUAAUACUACUUGUAAUCGAACACAAGAAGAUGAUGAUGAAGUUUUCAAUCUUGAAAUAUCAUUCCGUUAUAUUAUUGCCUUUGCAAAUAUUUGUAUCUCGAUAUUUUUGAUUCAAGCAUCAUUUUUAUUCUCAAAAGAUAUAAUAUAUUUUUGGAAUGAAUUUCGUAAUGGUUGGUAUAGUACCGGUGCAUUCUAUUUGCCUCGAAUCACACUUGAAUGGAUGCUAAUAUUAACCAUGAUAUCAAUAUUAGUUUAUAUGAUUGAUAUAUAUGAAGAAAUACUGCCAGGUAUUUAUUUGUGGUUAUUCAUCAUUCUAGUAUUGGGUAUAAUAAGCACACAAGGCAUUGGAAAUUUAUUAGCAAUUUUAACCACUGGUGAACUUACCAUUCUGGUCAUUACCAUUCCAGGUGUAGUUGUGUUAUGCGUAUUAUUGGGUAAUACAGCAACACCGAUUGGACAAUUACAUUAUUUUUAUCAAUUUCUAUCAUUAUUAUCACCAGCUCGAUUUAUAAUUGAAAGUAUGGCAUUAUUACAAUAUGGUUUUAAUCGUUGCCAUGAAAAAGAAAUACAAAUAACACUUUAUCAAUUACGUAUCCAUCAUGAUGAACAUUUCAAUUUUUGUAUAAUAAUGUUAAUUAUACAAUGUAUUUUCUAUCAUAUGGUGGCAUUCACAUUGAUCAUGAUCAAAUCGAAUCCAUUUGAAUCACGUAAACAUCGUGCUAAAAAAAUUCUACAAUUUCAUGAAUCAAUGAAACGAUCUAAUGUCUAUAUACCUGGCCUUGGUUGUGAUCAUCAUUUUGUAAUCAGACGAAUUGAAAUUUAAUGAUUGAGAGAGAGAAAUUGAGAGAAAAAAAGACGAAA